AUGAAGGCUAGGUGUAAGUACUGUCGUAAAUCCCUUGGUGGGGAAACAAGUAAUGGAACUUCACACCUAAGAAGCCAUAUCAAAACAUGUAUCCAAAAGAGGAUACAUGAUGGUUCUCAAAAAAUACUUGGCCCUAACUAUCAACCUACUGGAAAUCCUCAACUCUCUGCUUCUCAAUACAAUUAUGAGGUUUCUAGGAAGGAACUUUGUUCAAUGAUUCUGGUCCAUGAGUACCCCUUAGCCUUGUUGAUCAUGUGGGUUUCAAACGUUUUUGUUGUUCUCUUCAACCUCAAUUCGUUGUUCCUAGUAAAAACACUGUCAAAAAGAACAUUUUGA